AUGAGAUACUAUCUGCAGUAUCAUAUCGAAAAAUACACUGUGUAUUCUACAAAUUACUAUUGCUGCUCAGGUUGGGCCGAAGACGCGUCUAAUAAUUGUACAAUCCCUAUCUGUAAUCCGGAUUGUGGUAUUGGAGGGACAUGCAUCCGACCUAACGUAUGUUCUUGUAAUCCUGGAUUUAUCAGGCCAACGUGUGCAGAUAAAAACGAAUGUUUGGAGAACUAUGGGGGAUGUAACCGAACCACUGAAAGUUGUGUCAACACUGACGGUAGUUUCUAUUGCGAUUGUUUCACGGGGUUCGCUAGGAACAGUAGCACCGGGAUUUGUCAACCUGUUUGCACUCCACCUUGCGUCAAUGGAAAGUGUCUUGCGCCUGAUUUCUGUUCCUGCUCUGCAAAUUACACUGGUGCUGACUGCAGCGAAUUUAAUGAAUGUUUAAAUAAAAAUGGCGGAUGUGAACAAGUAUGUGAGAAUUAUCCUGGAGGGUUUAGAUGCUCCUGCUACGAUGGUUAUUCACUAUCACAACUUACAGAUUGUGUUCCCGUCUGUCAACCAUAUUGUCAAAAUAAUGGGCACUGCAUUGGACCAAAUACAUGUGAUUGCCCGGACACUUACUCUGGGGAAAGAUGCGAAGAAGAUAUUGAUGAAUGCACUGUGAACAACGGUAAUUGUAGUCAGAUAUGUGAGAAUUUACAGGGCAGUUUCAAAUGCUCUUGUCAAGACGGAUUCCUCGGAACAAGCAACUGCACCGAUAUCAAUGAAUGUGAUUUUGCCAACUGUGACACAUGCGUUAACACAAUCGGAAGUUUCGUAUGCACCUGCGAUUCGGGAUACGAGGUUGUCGAUUCUUACCACUGUGAAGAUAUAAAUGAAUGUGUUGCUGGAUCGUCCGAAUGCGACCAGGAGUGCACCAAUACUGCUGGUAGCUACUUGUGCAGCUGUUCGCGUGGCUGGACUCUGAAUUAUGAUCAAAGAACAUGCUCAGCAAACCCAUGUGUCGACAUUGGUAUUCCUUUCAAUAGCACGAGGAAUUGCACCGGUUUCACAACUGGAGAGUCUUGCACAUUUACUUGUGGACGGUAUCAUCAUUUGACUGGAUCUUCGAAUCGCACGUGCCUCCCAUCUGGUGAAUGGAGUGGAACGUCUACACGGUGUGAAGAAAUCCUUUGUCCCGAAUUGGAUUCACCAGUGAACGGAUACAUUCUUUUCCCCUGUGAAAAUUCCAUUUCGAACGUUUGUGGAUUUGGCUGUGACAAUGGUUACAGUUUGACACAUGACCUCAAACUAGUUUGCAUGGAAUCAGGGAAUUGGAAUGCCAGUGCUCCUGAGUGUCUGGAACUCCAAGCUUGUGAACCCUCACCGUGCGAAAAUGGUGUAUGCCAUGUUUCUCCGUCGGACGUCAAUGGUUUUUACUGCGAUUGUUCUGGAACUGGUUACACAGGUACCAGGUGCUCGAAUGGUUUCAUCAAGAUACCUACAUGGCCAAGGAUUAUUUUAAAUAAUACAUACAGUGACCUUAAGUUUGUUGCACAACCAAAAACAAAACUUGAACUGAAGAUUGUAACUGAUGUGACUCGUCUGUCAAUUGAGCCUUUACAUCUUAGAUUUACGCCUUCUUCGACGAUAAAUAAGGUUUCCGUACGAGGCAUUACUCAAGGUUUCACAGCUAUAUAUUUUGUCUUGGCGGGAGAAGACGCUGAAUCUUUCGCAACGCCAGAAUAUGAAGAGCUAUAUAUUUAUGAACAAUACCCCGAAAACAAUGUACAUUUUUUACCAGGUUAUCAAAUACCAGGCGGUUGUUUUGAGGUUGAAGAUCAAUCAAUAUGCAGAGAAAAGGGUCUACAAGCUAAACUGGUAUCUACAGAGAAAUGGAGGUACAAGGACACACGGUUGAUAACAACUGGAGUAGUGUCGCUGAAUACAUCCACUCUUCAACUACCGAUUAAUUUCGAAGGGUAUUCAUAUAAUUAUUAUGUUAUUCCAGAGCCACAUGAAAUCUGCAAGAGCAUGGGUCUAACUGAGGACGAUAUACAAUGGUAUGUGGAAAAACAUUCGAUGUAUCGCACUUACAUAAAUCAACUUGAACAUAUUUUACCAGACUGGAUAACAUUCAUAUCUAUCGAAAUUGAUCCAGAGCAGUCGAAAUCAGCAUUUUCCGGUUCAGUCCUAAGCGGUGAUAAGACAAAAGAAAACAAGUGGUGUGCGAAGGCUCCUGUUAUGGCUGAAGGUCAGUACUUCGUAUAUUUGCUCCAAAAGGCAGAAGUAAUCAUCGGAGGAAGGAUCCUUUAUUUGCCUCUUACCCCAAUUAAAGAGAAGUACUGUUUGGCUAUAGGAGUUUGCGAUGUUACACUUGGAAGUGUAAUUUUAACAUUUCCACACAGUUCCAGAAAUAUCUUGAACUACACCCAGGGUGUAGGCCAUACACCCAACUUAAGCAUCAACGUUACUGGAUUAGCGUUCUCAACUACAAAUAGCUUAACUUCGCAAGGAGCCACUGGGAACCAAAUUAAUUUGUGGUCUAAUCUCCAAUAUUCGUACAACAUAAACCAAUCAGUUAACGCAGCAAUUGAGAAAGAAGGUGAUAUCAACGUAUGCUUGGAGGACACAUCAGUGUUAUUCAGUGAAUUAUUCAUACGACCGUGGUUACUUCAACAAUUUGGCACAGUGAAAUUGAAACUUUAUUGGAAAGUAUAUGGGGAAGACGUCUUACUUGAAUUUACAUCGAUGUCAACAGAUGCUCCCAUCGCUCUUGUCGGGUAG